AUGAGUCCUUAUCUUACGAAUGGGCGCUCGCCGUCACCCGAUGAGCCUGUCAAGUUUGGUCCUGGCACCAAGGUUGCCGUCGUCGGCGCUGGAGUGAGCGGCAUCUGCACAGCCGCCUAUCUCCUCAAGAACGGAGCCGAUGUAACCGUCUUUGAGCGAUCCGGGGUCACGUCUGGGGUAUGGCACUACGAUGACAGGGCACCGACGACUACGAAAUACCCCAGCGAGAAGCCCUCGGCCGGCGACUAUGUGACCUCCCUGCCUGGACAAUUCCUACCAAAGACCGACUUGAAGGCCAAGAACGGAGACAUCUCCUUUUCUCCACCGGGUCCAGCUUACUUUGGUCUACGAAACAACGUCCCUACAAGUCUCCUCUACAGCAACCUCGGACCCUGGCCAAAAGAUACCGAAGAUAUCACCAGCCAUGUCAACAUCCAAGAUUAUCUUCAAGGACUCAGCAAGGAACACGGUGUUGAUGAUGUGACCAUCUUCAACACUCGAGUCGAGGGCGCCAAAAAGAGCGAGGAUGGAUCCCACUGGGCGAUAAGAACGAUAACCCACCUCAAGGGCGACGGCCAACCUCGAUUCCUCGAGCGAAACUGGAAGUUCGACGCUUUGGUCGUGGCAUCUGGUCACUACAACCUCCCUCGUAUCCCAGAUACUCCUGGCCUUGCUGAGUGGAAGGCUCACUUUGGUGAAGACAUCAUUCACACCAAGCAGUAUCGCCGCCCGGAGAAGUACGCCGGCAAAACGGUGCUUGUCAUCGGUGGUGGGGCUUCGGCUUAUGAUGUUUGUCGGGAAACGAGCGAAACCGCCAAGCGCGUGAUUCAAUCAACAAGGGGUGGUGAUUUUGAUUUGCCGCCUGCCAUGUUCCCAGAAUCUGUUGAACAUGUUGGCGGGAUUGAAAAGUUUGUCCUGGAAAAGGAUGAGUCUGAUCCUUCAGCACCGGUGAAGAGUCACAUCUUGCUUAAGAACGGGGAGAAACUCGAGGGUGUCGAUGGUAUUGUUUUGGCGACUGGAUACCUCACUUCUUAUCCUUUCCUCUCGCAAUACCAUGGAGAUGAUGUGCCUUUGGAUGAAGCAACAGAUGAUAUUCUCAUCACUUCAGAAGGAAACAUGGUGCACAACCUUCACAAGGACAUCUUUUACAUCGAAGACCCUUCACUCUCCUUCAUCGGCGUGCCUUAUUACACCGCAACAUUCUCCCUCUUCGACUUCCAAGCCCAGGUCCUCGCAAGAGUUCUCACAGGAAAGUCAAAACUACCCAGUCGCGCCUCAAUGAGGAAGGAAUACGAGAACCGCGUUGCUGCCAAGGGACGUGGACGAAAGUUCCACAGCUUGGCCGACGACGGUCUCGAGGUGGACUAUGUGAACGAUCUGUUGGAGUGGGCCAACUCAAGCCUUGUAGAUGACAAGACUGAACCUUUGCUGGGGCAUUCUAAGGAGUGGCUUGAUACUUAUAAGACAGCGAGAGAACAGAGAAAGUUGCUGCGUGUGGCCAAGGGUGUCGAACCAGAGGGACUUUGGGCGAGACCAAGUGAUCUAGCACAGGCUUAA